GAUUUCUCCGACCGAAACAGAACACGCAGGACGACGAGCAGAGGGAGAGGGAGAGGGAGAGACAGAGAUGUCGAAGCUUCUUCACACGCCGCAGAUAACCUGCACAGUCCAGACCCACGGCAAGAACUUCGCCGCACUCCUCCACCUCUCCAAACCGCACGCCCCAUGUCUCCCUCUCCACAAUCACCUCCAUGUCUCCCCCCUCCUCUCCCCUCCUCUCCACGCGAAAUCCGUGUUUUCGCUCUCAAGAACCAAUCUUUCCUUCACCCAUUCUUCCAAGUUCGUCGCCCCGGCCGCCCAUCGCAGGAGCUUCUCCGUCAGAGCGUUCGACGAUUCUUCCGAGCCGGCGGCCGAGACCCAGAAGCCGGAACAAGAACAGGAAGCGAAGGAGCAAGAAUCGCACGCCAAGAAAGACGGGGACUACCCGAGCGGGGAGUUCGAGUUCGAGGAGUUCGGGGUGUGGAAGCAAUUCGGGGUCAAGCUCAAAAUGCUCGUCGCUUUCCCUUGGCAGCGGGUGAAGAAAGGCAGCGUCUUGACUAUGAAAUUGCGUGGCCAGAUAUCUGAUCAGGUAAAGAGCCGUUUCUCUUCAGGACUCUCCCUUCCUCAAAUUUGUGAGAAUUUUAUAAAAGCAGCAUACGAUCCUCGUAUCUCUGGUAUUUACCUCCAUAUUGACUCAUUGAGCUGUGGAUGGGGUAAAGUGGAAGAAAUAAGGAGACAUAUCCUGAAUUUCAAGAAAUCAGGUAAAUUCAUUGUGGGGUACGUCCCUACAUGUCAAGAAAAAGAGUAUUACCUUGCUUGUGCCUGUGGAGAGUUGUAUGCCCCUCCAAGUGCUUAUUUUUCUUUGUAUGGUCUGACAGUUCAAGCUUCCUUUCUCUCAGGUGUAUUGGAUAAAGUGGGAGUUGAACCACAAGUUCAAAGGAUAGGUAAAUAUAAAAGUGCUGGGGAUCAACUCCUGCGAAAAUCCAUGUCUGAAGAAAAUUGUGAGAUGUUGACGACCAUACUGGAUAACAUAUACGGCAGUUGGAUAGAUGAGGUUUCUUCAACAAAAGGGAAGAAAAGAGAAGAUAUUGAGAACUUCAUAAAUGAAGGAGUUUUUCAAGUAGAACGGUUAAAAAAAGAGGGCUUCAUAACCGACAUACGCUAUGACGAUGAGGUGAUAACAAUGCUGAAAGAAAGACUUGGAGUGCAGACGGAUAAGAAUCUCCCAUUGGUCGAUUAUAGGAGGUACUCAAGAGUGAGAAAGUGGACCCUUGGUUUAUCUGGUGGUAAAGACUUAAUAGCCGUCAUACGAGCCUCUGGUGCUAUAAGUCGUGUGAAAAGUCCAACAAGCCUUCCCAGUUCUUCUGGUAUAAUAGCAGAGCAAAUCAUUGAAAAAAUUCGGGUUGUGAGAGAGAGUCAAAAAUUUAAAGCUGCAAUUAUCCGAAUCGACAGCCCUGGUGGUGAUGCUCUAGCCUCAGACUUAAUGUGGAGGGAGAUUAGGCAAUUGGCUGCAUCAAAGCCUGUUAUUGCAUCAAUGGUUGAUGUAGCAGCUAGUGGCGGAUAUUACAUGGCAAUGGGAACACCGACCAUUGUUGCAGAAAAACUUACCUUAACUGGCUCUAUUGGAGUUGUUUCAGGGAAGCUUAACCUGGGGAAUCUGUACGAAAAAAUAGGCUUCAAUAAGGAGAUCAUAUAGGGAAAAUAUGCUGAGCUCCUUGCGGCCGAGCAACGACCUUUAGGUGAAAGGCCAGAUGAGGCGGAGCUAUUUGCCAAGAUGGCGGAUAAUGCAUACAAAAUGUUUCGCGAUAAGGCGGCUUUCUCGCGAUCAAUGCCGGUUGAUAAGAUGGAGGGGGUUGCACAAGGGAGAGUAUGGACAGGCAACGAUGCUGCUUCACGAGGUUUGGUUGAUGCAAUCGGCGGAUUUUCUCGGGCUAUUGCGAUUGCGAAAGAGAAGGCCAAUAUACCCCAAACUAAUAAGGUCACGCUCGUCGAGCUGUCGAGGCCAUCUCCUUCGCUCCCUGAAAUAUUGAGUGGAAUAGGAGGCUCUCUUGUCGGGGUCGACACCGCGAUGAAGGAAUUGCUUCGAGAAUUGUCGUUUGCUGAAGGCAUUCAGGCCCGGAUGGACGGAAUAUUGUACGAGAGGCUAGAGAGCUCUUCGUUUUCCAAUCCUAUAUUGGCCAUGAUAAAGGAUUAUCUGAGUUCUCUCUAGAGCGUCAGCUCUGACCAGUCUCGCCAUUCCGCGAGAGUACACAGCAUCACCGCGCAACGCAGCAGGGGGCCGAGAUGCCAUGACAUUCCACCGAGGCUGCAGUCCUGUGUGCUGUCGUAUAAUUUAUAAGCCGGAGGUACGAGAAUGUUCGCUCGUGUAUCGGUCAGGUGACACUUUUUCUUUAGCUUUCCGCUUGCCACGUGGCGUGACAUGUCCCGCGGCUAAGUUGCAGGUUAUUCGGUUAUUAACGUUAAUGAUGGGGUAACAUUUAAAAAAUCUUGUCACUAGAGAAUAUCAUGCAGAAAAUUUGGCCGAUGUUCAUGCUGAAAGGUGAAAGAUGAGCUGAUAUUAUUUACACUGGGCAGAAAAGCCCCGCUCGCACGGACUCGCGGGAGGGGCUAGAAAUUGCCCGCUCAAAUAUACGAAUAUGGUCUUUUUUUUUUAA